GAAAUGCCAACUUCAACAAAGAUUUCUGAGAAUAUGACAUCACGUGUGACGUCAAAGAAUGUUUCGUCGCAAAACGCUGUUAAAAGUUACACGAAUCUUGGAUAUAAUCAAGUAGGUCAGAAUGCUGAUGUGGUAUCUAAUGUUCGUUUUCAACAACCUGUUGCUGUGGUCAAGGCUUUUGUUAAUCCAGGAUAUGACAAUAGUUUGCGGCAUGUAAGAUCUUUACCACGAAACCACUCUAAACUGAACUACAAGAGAUCUAUUACAACCUCCACCUUCCCACGCCGUAAACCUGUGUUGUACACCUGGUCUCUGAAACCAAUGGACACUGAACCACAACAAUCUCGACCGAGUCUCCCUAUAACGUACAGAGAAAUACACCCUCAUUUAGACCGUCGCAGAGCAACAAAACAUAGAUCCUCGGCCCGCUCUAGAAGCUUCACAAAAAGCAGUCUGAAGAAGAAGGACAGAAGACUCGGAUCUCUUAAAGGAGUCUACAUCACCGACAGUCGACCUCGUAGAUCUCAUCAACAAAAUUCAGUCUAUCAUGGAAGAUCAACACGUCCCAGCUAUUUUGCACCUAAUAGAUCCAAAGUAAAUUACAAGAUUUCAUCGCCUAGCGAGAUUUCAAAGGCCGAACGCGAGAAUUAUGCCGAUUUUUACGAAGAGCGUUAUAAGAUGGUCAAAAAAUCAGAAUUCCCAGCGUUCGAAUCGGGUUCGGCCAAGUACGAAGCAACGUCACGUGAUCUUGAGCCCGAGAUCUCUUCAAUUGUCAGUGGUAGUGAGUUUUCAGAUUUCUUACCAACUCCCCCUCGGCCAAGCGAUAGCCAAUCAGAGGGCUCGGCGGGGAGUUACUCGCGAGGCAGUUAUAAGGCUUACCAGAACAGGUUGGAGAAAAGCAGUAAAAGUCGAAGAGAAUUAGUAAGGGAGGACACCAGUCACUAUGAUCGUGCCAAACACACCAAGUCAUUUCAAGAAACAUUAAAGAGUUUAAGAAACGGCGGUCAGAAUGAUCAGAACAGCGUACAACGUGAAGUUGCAACAACCAGUGAGGCAACAUCACCCUGGAUUAAUAAUGACAGCAACUUUAGAAAACAACAUGGCAUCCCAAUAACAGGAGUCCCAGUCCUUCCACCCGAGCCAGUGUAUAUCAAGGUGGAGGAUAGUGAUCUGUCAGAAGAUGAAAAACGAUUUGAAGAUGAAACGAAUUAAGGAAUUAGCGGUUUAAUUAUUCAAGAGAUGUUGAAAUAGGGAAGCUAUGCGACCCAAUUUAUAGCUAUUGUGACGAUGUUUGGAUUUUAAAUUGAAUAUUAAUAUGUAGUCCGAAAUAAGUCACCAGCUUACUCCAAUAUCAUUUGGAACUGUCGUAUUUUUGUGCUCGUUUGACGUUUCCAAAAAGAUGAACGGAAACUCUAAGAUAAGGAUAACCAUCAAUCUUUUCUAUUCCUGUUGUAAGCCGAUUCACUUUUAAAUAUUGUAAACGGCGAUCGUAAUCAAUUACAAUGUUCUGAUUGGUUGACGAGCGGUCCAUAAAAACCAGACCUGGUCCAGAAUAUGGUAUAUUCUACCUUGGUAACGUCGAAUAUACCAGAAUACGUAUAGUCAACAUUGGUAUGGUCAUAUAUUCAAGGAAUAUGGUAUCUUGGUAUAUUAAUUGGUAAGGUCUAAAAUCCAUGUCCAUAUAUUCCGUAUCUGCAUGGACCAGUUUUCUGGAUGUCUCAUGCAAGUUCAGCUACAUAAUAACCUUGUGUGUUCAGUCUAUACUGUGAAAUAUUAGACCUAGGUUUUUGUAUAGACCUCGCGCUCCUUCUUCGCUCGGUCCAUACUAGUAUUACUCUUAGUAAGGUUGAAAAUACCAAAUAUAGACCUCUUUAGAGGUGCUGCAGUAUAGUUCUACACGCAAUACCCUUUUUUUGUAGAGAAAUUUACAUCAUAUAUUAUAACCUUUUUCAUUAGUUUACAUUCCUGUAGCAAUUGGAACUAGAGCUAAAGCAUUAUAAAACCCCAAAGUAAUAGGAGAGAAAAUAGAAAUUUAAUAAAAUCACCUUGGCCCUUUGAUAUACAUUAGCUUUUCAUUAGCUAAAUAAUUACUAUAAU